UAACAAUGCUAAUUAAAAGCAUUAGAUUAUAGACUUUAAGCAAAAUAAUAUAAAAGAACAAGAGAAAGAUUUAAAAUAAAACGGUAUAUAAAAUAUAAAUGUUGUAUGAUGUUUUAUUUUCGAGUCAGCUAAGGGAUUAAAAUAGAAAAAGUACUAAAAAAAUACCACAAGUAGAAGCAAACCUGGUUUUUUGCUUCUAUUUAAGUUUUUUUUGUCUGGACGGACUUGAUCAUUGUUCAUUUUUUAGUCUGGGUUUUUUUUUAUCAUUCUUUUGUGAGCAUUAGCAGUCUCUAUAUAUUGGGCCGAAAAGUAAAGAUGAGCUCGAACUUUGAUAGAUUCAACGUUAGUGAAAUGGCCGAUGACCGUUUAGAGAUAAUGGACAAUAAAAUCUUAGAAUUCUUUCCACUUUUGGACUGCCUUGACGAUGAGCAGGAGUUCAUAGAUUUACUAUUCUCCAAUGAAGAUGUUCUUAUAUUUCAUUUUGAAUUGUUUCCUAUAGACUUGGAUAAUCUUCUGAUGCCGCCAGACGACCUAGAAGACUUUGUUACUUUUUCCGAUGGAAUAUCUUUAUCCGAACUGAAUAGAAAAUGGAUUGUUAUUCAAAUACUUUGGUCACUGAAAAGUUCAUCAGAACCACCCUAUAAUACCCUACCAGAUAAUUAUGACUGCAUUUGUUCCAGCCUUACGGAUGAGAUGUGUCAGCAGAUAAAUGAAGACUUGGAAUAUCUCCGAUCUAAGGAAAUCUAAAGAACAUUGAAUAGCGUGUACAAAGUCAUGUGCUUAUUGCAUCGUUUUCGCUUCUAAAAUCAUUACCAUUGAAAAUGUAUAUUGUAUAUUUAUGUUUGCAUAUAUCUAUUAUUCGUAUGAAUGUUCCCUUAUUAAGACAAAAUAUAUGAUAUCUUUCAUAUGCCUUGUUCAUAUCUAA